GUGGAAACAUAUCGUCUCUCCAUAACCCACGAAGAAGAAGAGGCGAAAACCUCCGGGAUUUUAAACGCUUGAUAGCAACGAACAACAGGGCGGCGCGUGAGUUUUGGAAGUCUGACCGUGAUUUGUGCUGGAAUGGGAUCUCCAACAAAAGAUGCAAGGCCACACAGAGCUAACAUCCGGACCCCUGGGCGGGAACCUGACUCCCCACUACCCCCCAUCCAUGAGCGUCUGGCAUACCUGCGUCCAUCCAGGGAGCUUCUGGAGUUCUACAGACAGAAGAUUGCCCAGUUUGACAGCGAACACGAGGAGCUGUUGCAGAUGCUGGAGAAAUACAGAGGCAUCACAGAGGACCAGCAUAAGCUACAGUGGGAGAUACGACAGCGUGAGGGAGAGAUUGCUGAGCUGCAAAACGCCCUGAGUGACAUGCAGGUCUAUCUGUUUCAAGAGAGAGAGCAGUCUCUGCGUCUUUACGCAGAAAAUGACCGACUAAAGAUCAGAGAGUUGGAGGACAGGAAGAAAAUUCAGCACCUUCUUGCCCUUGUUGGUCCCGAUGCAGGAGAAAUCACAUAUUUUCACCGGGAACCUCCUCACAAGGUUACUAUCAGACAGAGAAGCCCUGAGUCCACAUUGGAGGAAAAUCUCAGUCUGAGGCCAACAAAGUUAAGACCUACUGUGACCAGAAAAGAGAGUACCAGGAGAAUAAAAUCAACAGACAGGACGAAUGGUGAGAGCCUGGAGCAGUACAAGAAUGAAAACCAGACUUUGUUACUACAGGUGGAGGCGCUGCAGGCUCAGAUGGAGGAACAGACCCGUCUGGCCAAAGAGCAGGUAGAGUCUCUACUGGAGGACAGACGAAUCAAAACAGAAGAAGCACAGGCACAACAGCAGAGAGAAAAGGAUCGCAUCACUGCUCUGACUGAUAGGCUCCAGAAAACCCAGAACCUCUUAUAUGAGAGCACCAGAGAUUUCUUACAGCUUAAGUUUGACACGCGAGCUCAUGAGAAGAGCUGGAUGGCGGAGAAGGACCGACUGCUGAAGGAGCUGGACUCCUGCCACAACCGCCUGAGGAAGGCUGGUUCUGCUGGCACCGAGCUGGGACGAACAUGGCAGCCAGGCAGCAGCACAGCCCUGCUCGUGCCCCGGCCUCAGCCAGAGUCACAGCAGACGCACAAGGAGGACCUAAAGGCAUUGCAGGAGGAUCUGAAGCAAGCCCAUCGUCUGGCAGACAUGUUCAGGGAGCAGUGUAUUACUCUGGAGACAGAACUGGCCCAAAUCAGAGAGGAGGGGGACGUGGGCAGGGAAAUUUUCAAGGAGCGCUCAGACAAGAUGGCAAAGCGUCUUCAACUGAUGACUCAGCGCUAUGAGGCUUUGGAGAAGAGGAGGGUCAUGGAGGUGGAGGGCUUCAAGACUGACCUGAAACAACUCAGACAGAAAUUCAAGGAUGUAGAGAAACAACUUCUCAAGGUUACACUGAAUGUUGGGCCCAACCAGGACCUGGCAAUUCUGCAUGAAGUACGCCAAACUAACUCCAGGACGAAAAAGGUUCAGGGUGAGCUGAUGGCACUGAAGGCUAAGAUCUACGGGCUGGAAAACGAGCUGAGAUUUAGCUGAAAAAUGGACUGUGAUGUUAUGUGUCUACUUGUAGACAAGAAUCCAUGUGAGGUUUAUCCCAGUCAUGCACCUUUGUGCCACUGUGUUUAUUACUAAAGUGUGAAUGUUAUUUCUAUUUUGUAUUAAGAUUUUUUCUUGCUACAAUAAUUUUAAUUCAACAAAGACAAUUAAAAGCAGACUUCAUAACACAUACUUUGAUUUAUUUACUGUAUAUUAUAGUAGGAAAAUAGGUGUUACUAGUAACAGCAUUAAUUAUGGCUCUGUUGUAUUCAAGUGUCCAGUAAGUCAUGACCACGAGCCAGCUUGCAUAAUAGGAGAAGCCUGAAACAUUCAUCUUUGUUUUUAAAGUAAUAUAACAUUUUGGAGAGUUUUUCAAAUAUAUAAAAUUGUGAAUGAAAAUGGUAAACACUUAUAGUACUUUAUAAAACCGUGAUUUUAAAAAAUCCUU